AUGCAAAAAUAAUAAGUAGUAUUUGACAAGGAGGUUGUAAGAAGCAACUUGAUGAAAGUUCACGAACUUGCUAAGAAGCCACAAUUCUAAGAGACAUUCGGCAAGCACUACAAUGAUAUUUUAAGGUUAGAUGAUGUCAUAUUUGAAGAAGGAGUUGUUGGAAUCGUCCACUACAAGUUUAAAAUACCAGACUACAUGGUUGAUUCUAAUGGAAAUGCUCACAGAAGAGCGCUACUUACUAUGACAGAUGUGAUACCUUACUUUGCUAUUCUAGGUUUUGAAUCAAGAUAAGGAAUAUCUGUGCAGCUCUCAACUGAAUUCCUUAACGACGCACCAGUUGAUUAAGAUCUAUUAGGAAUCUGCAGAAUUAUAAAGCUUGGAAGAGGAAAUGCUUUUACUGAUUGCACAAUAAUAAAUCCUAAAAAUAACCUGCCUCUUGUGAAGGGAUCCUUAACAAUGAACUUUGUAGAGUCAAGACACAAACUUUGA